CAUCCCACCAGGGGAAGAUUUGCCCGAGGACCGGGUCAGCCAUUGGGCCCCAAUUGGCAACAGAGCCGACAUGGUUCUCCUCAUUUGCGCCGUGCGGAGAUGCAUCGUCGUGUCUGGGCACGCUAAACCACCCGCGCCUGAAUUCCCAAGGAGAGGGGGAGGGGCAGCAAAAAGAUCACGGGAGGGCGCCAGACAUUGUUUAUCUGCUCUGCCAGGCUGUGCAAGAGGCAUUCAAGAAGACACGAACAGACAGACACACCCGCCAAGAUGCCUACCGAGCUCCACGGCAUCAAGGCCGCCGACAUCCAUGCCAAGGUGAAGCUGCUCAUCGACGGCAUGGUCAACAUCAAGGACAAGACUGGCGAGUUCCUCAUGCCGCUUGCCGACGGCCGCAUCAUCGACACAAAGGGCUGGAACGACUGGGAGUGGACGCAUGGCAUCGGCCUCAAUGGCAUCUGGGCCUACUACAACAUCACCGGCGACGACAAGUACCUCCAGAUCAUCGAGGACUGGUUCCGCAACCGCUUCGAGGCCGGCGGCACCACCAAGAACAUCAACACCAUGGCCGUCUUCCUCACCCUCGCCUACGUCUACGAGAAGACGGGCAACAAGACGUACCUCCCCUGGCUCGACUCGUGGGCCGAGUGGGCGUACCACGACCUCGAGCGCACAAAGUACGGCGGCAUGCAGCACGUCACCUACCUCUCUGACCACCACCAGCAGCUCUGGGACGACACCCUCAUGAUGACCGUCAUGCCCCUGGCCAAGAUCGGGCUCGUCCUCAACCGCCCGCACUACGUCGCCGAGGCCAAGCGCCAGUUCCUCCUCCACAUCAAGUACCUGCUCGACCACCGCUCGGGCCUCUUCUACCACGGCUGGGUCUUCAGCAACGAGCGCGGCGGCGAGGGCCACAACUUUGCCGACGCCCGCUGGGCCCGCGGCAACAGCUGGCUGACCAUCGCGCUGCCCGACUUCCUCGAGCUCAUCGACUUCCCCCGCGACGACCCCGUGGCGUCGCACCUGCUCGACACCCUCAAGGCCCAGGUCGAAGCCCUGCAGCCCCUGCAGAACCAAGAGUCCGGCCUGUGGCAGACGCUGCUCGACCACCCGAUCGAGUCCGGGUCGUAUCCAGAGGCCAGCGCCACGGCGGGCUUCGCGUACGGCAUCCUCAAGAGCCAGCGGAAAAAGUACAUUGGCAAGGAGUACCAGGACGUCGCGCUCAAGGCCAUCCGCGGCGUGCUCGACAACAUUGACGAAAACGGCGAGCUGCUCAACACGUCCUUCGGCACGGGGAUGGGCAUGGACCUGCAGCACUACAAGGACAUCCCGAUAACAAGUAUGCCGUACGGCCAGGCCAUGGCCAUCAUGGCGCUGACGGAGUAUCUGAGGGUGUACUACUGAGGGACAGUGGAGGCCAUACGGAAAGUAGUUUGAAAAUUACAAUAGACUGAUUUUUUGUCUUCAA